CCUGGAGGAAGGCCCUGCAGGGAGGGCCACAUGGGCUGGGACCAAGACAGGUCUAGCACGGAGCUGCGGAAGGAGAAGUCGCGGGAUGCUGCGCGCAGCCGGCGCAGCCAGGAGACGGAGGUGCUGUACCAGCUGGCGCACACGCUGCCCUUCGCGCGCGGCGUCAGCGCGCAUCUGGACAAGGCCUCCAUCAUGCGCCUAACCAUCAGCUACCUGCGCAUGCACCGCCUCUGCGCUGCAGGGGAGUGGAACCAGGUGGGAACAGGGGGAGAGCCACUGGACGCCUGCUACCUGAAGGCCCUCGAGGGGUUCGUCAUGGUGCUCACCGCCGAGGGAGACAUGGUUUACCUGUCGGAAAAUGUCAGCAAGCACCUGGGCCUCAGUCAGCUGGAGCUCAUCGGACACAGUAUCUUUGAUUUCAUUCAUCCCUGUGACCAAGAGGAACUCCAGGAUGCCCUGACCCCCAGGCCAAGUCUGUCCAAGAAGAAGCUAGAAGCCCCCACAGAGCGCCACUUUUCCUUGCGCAUGAAAAGCACACUCACCAGCAGGGGGCGCACGCUCAACCUCAAAGCUGCCACUUGGAAGGUGCUGCACUGCUCAGGACAUAUGAGGGCCUACAAGCCCCCUGCGCAGACUUCCCCCACCGGGAGCCCUCGCUCCGAGCCUCCCCUGCAAUGCCUGGUGCUUAUCUGUGAAGCCAUCCCCCACCCAUCCAGUCUGGAGCCCCCUCUGGGCCGAGGGGCCUUUCUCAGCCGCCACAGCCUGGACAUGAAGUUCACAUACUGCGACGAGAGGAUCGCAGAAGUCGCUGGCUACAGCCCUGAUGACCUGAUUGGCUGUUCUGCCUACGAAUACAUCCAUGCACUGGACUCUGAUGCAGUCAGCAGGAGCAUCCACACUUUGCUGAGCAAGGGCCAGGCAGUAACGGGACAGUAUCGCUUUCUGGCCCGGACUGGAGGCUACCUGUGGACUCAGACUCAGGCUACAGUGGUGUCAGGGGGACGGGGCCCCCAGUCAGAAAGUAUCAUCUGUGUCCACUUCCUGAUCAGCCGGGUAGAAGAGACAGGAGUGGUGCUGUCCCUGGAACAAACAGAGCAACACACUCGCAGACCCCCUCAGCGGGGUACCUCCUCACAGAAGGGUAUCCCUGGCAACAGUCUAGACCCACCUGCUCCCCGGAUUCUGGCCUUCCUGCACCCUCCGGCCCUGAGUGAGGCCUCCCUGGCUGCUGACCCUCGCCGUUUCUGUAGCCCAGAUCUGCGCCGCCUUAUGGCACCCAUUCUGGAUGGGCAUCCCAUAGCCGCCACCCCCAGCACCCCACAGGCUAAGCGUCGACCCCAAAGUCCUCUUCCGGCUGAUCUCCCAGAUCAGUUGCUUGGGAAUGCAUACAGACUCUCCACUGCCAGGAAAAACAAGACUGUGGAGAAAGAUCUAGAUAAAGCUCAGGACCCUGACACUCUGGACUUGGAGAUGCUGGCUCCUUACAUCUCCAUGGAUGAUGACUUCCAGCUCAACUCCAGCGAGCAAUUGCCCAGGACCCACCGCAGACCUCCUGGGGUGGCCCGCAGACCCCGUGCUCGGAGCUUCCAUGGCCUGUCGCCCCCCAUCCCUGAGCCCUCCUUGCUGCCCCGCUGGGGGAGCGAUCCACGACUGAACUGCUCCAGCCCCUCCAGGGGGGAUCCCCCUACAGCCUCCCUAAUGCCUGGAACUCGGAAGAGGGCCCUGGCUCAGAGCUCAGAGGACAAAGGGAUGGAGCAGCUGGAAACAAAGCCCGCCAAGCGGUCCCCCAGCCUGGAACCUGGAAGCUUCCGAUUGCCUCCCCUCAGCCUGAGUUUUCUUCUGCAAGGUCGACAAUUCCCAGGGAACCAGCAGGAUCCCAGAACCCCACUCCUGGAUUCCCAUGAGGCCUUGGGACUAGCUCCCUCGCUGCUCUCUCUCUACCAGCAUGAGGAAACCACCCAGCCCAGGAACCACUUCCCACCAGCGGCAGGCUUGGCCCAGGCCCACUGAGUCAGCUUUCUUCCCAGAUCCCUUCUUCUACCCCAGAGAGGACUCAGCCACACUCCACACCAGCAGCUCACAUCCAGGAUGGGGCCUCUCUCCUCUGAGUGCCCCCCAACACCCCCGGCCAGCCUCAGUCCUACCUCAGACCCCCCCAACCCUCUGCCUUCACCCAUUCAGGGGCUUCUUGGAUUAUUUGCAGCUCAGUGACCUCUGGGAGGGGGUGCGUGACCCCCUCCACCUCCUCUCAGGACUUCUCUUGGGAUUCUCCAUAGUUGGUUACCUCACUAUCCCUUUCUCUGACUCUGCUUUAUUUGGGAGAAUAAGGGGUUGGAAGAAUCAGGGAUUUGCCUAUGAUCCUGGCCCCAUGGAGUUUGGACAACCAUGAUCACAUUUUUUGAUUUUAGUGUUUGCUUUUGUUUUCCUUCUAUCAGCUUUACUUUAUCCUUUUCACAAUAGUUCAUUCGGGCACUCUGCAUUGUACAGGGUUCGCAGCAAUGUAGGACUGCCAUGUCCCCCUCCUCAGUAGGUGGCAAAGGUGGGUAGGCUCAGGGUCAGACCUCACCCCCAGCGAUUUGUGGAGUCUCAGCCUCCCAAGCUGCCACCCAAUCUGCCUGCUAUUUCUGCUCCUGACUUCCUACCAGCACCAACCUACCCUAAAUAAUGUCUUCAUUUGUGAUCUUCCUGUUUUAGGUAUAUCCAGCAACUUCCUCUACUCAGCAGAUGCAUAAUCUCCGACCUUUCCUGGAUCUAGAAUACUUGACUCCUACCUUCACUGUUUGUAGACUGUACAACCUCUAGCCUUCCUAGGUCUUAGGCUGUACCGCUUUCCAUCUUCCCCGGUUCUAGAUAGCAAGACCCAGGGCCUUCCUUGUAUCUAGACCGUGUAGCCCCUGGUCUUUGUUGGUUCUAGAUUGUAUGCCCUUGGGCCUUCCCUAGUUCUAGAGGCUUGUGGACUCUCUGGUUCUAGAGUUUCUACUUCCUUCUAAAAUGCACAAUCCAUGGACUCCAUAUCCCUCAUCCUUUCCCGUUUCUAGACUGUGAGGCCUAUGGCCUUCCUUGGAUCUAAACUGUGCCACCAUUGGUCUCCUCUGGAUCUAGGCUUAUGGCCUCUGGCCUUCCUUGUUAUAGACACUGUGGCCUCUGGCCUCCAUGGUUCUAAACUGUGUUAUUCCUGUCUUCUUCAGUUCUAGACUAUGCAACCUCUAGCCUUCUCUAUUCCUAGUCUGUACGUUCUCUGGUCUUUAACUGAUUCUCAAAUGCACACCUGCGGAUCUCUGUGAG